GCCGUCGGGGCGGCCGGUGCGGCAGGGGGCAGUGAGACCGCCCCAGGGCACCUCCCGAGCCCGUGAGAGUGAUGAAUGAGCUGAAAUGAAAUGCUGCUUGGGCUUCCAAGCGUGAGACCGGGCAGGUUUUUGUCUCGGAGUGAUGCACGGCAGGCUGCUGCGAGGGGCGUCGGGGCGUGCAGCGUCGCUCACGGGAGUCGGGUCGGGCGCUGGCGCUGCCUCAUCCACUGCACGGAUUUCGUUUGCUCCCGUAGUUACCAGUUUCCUGUACAUACUGAGUAUUUAUUGAACAGUCACACUGGUUGGAGGUGCUCUAUUAUCGGCAUUGCCUCUCUGAUUCAGGGUACCGUCUGCUUCUGUUACACGGUGGGAAACACUAGGGACUAGGAUCGGUCAUUUGCGUAACUACGCACCUAAGAGGAGAUGCUUUUGGAUUUUAGUUGUUUCAUGGUUUCCUUAAUCUUGUUGGUCUUUGAAGUCCCAAGAUGUACUCAUCAACAGGUUUAAAGACUUUGCUCUGUUUUGCAUUGUAAGUCAUGCAAAUGUUGCUCUGGUGUGCAGACCAGCUCACAAGCCAUGCGAAAUGAAAGUGCUUUUGUAAAUUCGAGACUCAGCUUUGAUAAAAUGAAUAACUUAUACUGUCUGUUAUAAUGCACAGACAAAUAAACUACCAUGGUACUAAGAGGAGAAAGCUAUAUAUUUGCAUAUACUAAUGCCAAUAGGAGUAUGCUUUCUGUAUAUUAUUACUUAAGAGUUUGGAAUACUGUUUGUACUACCUUUCCUGCCUGGCCCCUUUGUUCCAUCUUUUCUGGAUGGAUGCACUUUUCCUGAAAAACUGGGUGGUGGUUGAUCACAGCGAUGUUGCAAUGAUUAGGGCCUGCCCACUGGAAGGAGGUUUUUCCUGUUGCCAAUGGAGACCGUCAGUCACCCAUUGACAUCAAAACUGAGGAAACCAAGUAUGAUCCCUCACUCCGUUCUCUAAAUCCCAAUUACGAUCCGGCUUCUGCUAAAAUCAUCCUUAACAAUGGGCACUCCACCAGUGUCGAGUUUGAUGACAGCGUCAACAAAUCAGGUUCAUUCCAACCGAAUCGCUCAUGUCUCUUAUCUGACUUUAGCUGAAAGUUUGUAUAUAUAUUUUUUUUCAUUUUUGCAAUCCACACCUCGACUUUUUGUGUCAGGAAAGAGCUAAUACAGAACAAAUUAAAUAUAUUCCAAGUGAUCCCCUUUCUUCUCUGUAAAGUUUUAUUGCACCAGUCUUUUCUAAGAGUAUGUAGCUUCCCUUUCUGAAAGCAAUAAUUCUUAUUUAGAAGUUCUAUGAUUUAACAUAGUCUUUUAAAUCAGUUAGUGCCUUCAUCUUUAAAGCCUUCUCCUCAGUGGUAGGCAAGCUAGCACACCUCCCCUUGAAACUGUAGGAGUGCAGAUUCUUCAAGCAAUAAAAUCCUCUUAUGGUUGUGUGAGGCUUAGCUGAGGACCCAAGCUCAUGUGAUGCUUUCACAAGGGUCGAUGCCAGAAGAGGACUUAUUUGUGAUCACCCUGUCCAUUAGUCUGAGAACCUAUUAACUUGUAGCAGCAACAGGGAGAGACCUAGAUUGAGACACCAUCAUACUUUGCUUUCAUGGACAGUCUAAGGUUAAUUCUUGAAUUUUCUGUUGAUACAAGCAACAUUGGAUGUUGCCUGAAAGCCAUCAGCUGACCAUCAGUGAUCUGGUCUGACCUCCUGUGUGUCAGAUGCCACAGUACUUCCCAGAAUUAAUCUCUGCUUCAAGCCUAGUAGGCAUGGGUGAACUAAAGCACAUCUGUUAGAAAAACAUACAAUCUUGAUUUCAAAAUUGCCAGCGAUGAAGAACCUACCACAGCCUUUGGUCAUUGAUCAAAAAAUACUGAAUUUUCUAGGGCCAAAAUUUGGCCUCUGGGGCACUCCUGUGAAUGCUGACUGGGGGACCACUCAGCGGGACCUACAGGCUGCGCCAGAUUCACUUCCACUGGGGAUCCAAUGAUGAAGCCGGCUCUGAGCACACAGUGGAUGGGAUGAAGUAUGCAGCAGAGCUUCAUGUGGUCCAUUGGAACUCAGAGAAGUAUUCCAGUUUUGUUGAGGCAGCUCGUCAGUCAGAUGGAUUAGCAGUCAUGGCAGUAUUUCUGAAGAUUGGUGAAUGCAACCCUCAGCUGAAGAAGAUUACUGACCGCUUGGACACCAUCAGAAUCAAGGGUAAAAGAGCACUAUUCACCAACUUUGAUCCUAGCUGUCUGCUUCCCAAAUCCCUGGACUACUGGACUUACUUUGGCUCUCUCACUGUUCCUCCUCUUCUUGAGAGUGUCAUCUGGAUUGUUCUGAGAGAGCCCAUAAGUGUUUGUUCUGAACAGCUAGCCAAGUUCCGCAGCCUCCUGAGCACAGCUGAGGAUGAAGUUGCCUGCUGCUUGCUGAGAAACUACCGCCCUCCCCAGCCUUUAAAGGGACGAGAAGUCAGGAGGAAUUAAAGGAGUAAAGACAGAAUAGUCUCCCUCUGAAACCAAAGGCUGAAUUAAUUUUAAUAGUUAAUAUUCUUAAUGAUUUUUUUUUUUUUGUGAGUUGUUUUAACAAAUAGGUGUUGUUUUGUUAGUGGUUACCAUGCAAUCAUUUCUAACAGACAAGUAUGUCCUGAGCUGUUGCAGGUUCAUCAAUGUUAACAGAUCUGACUGUGUUUGAGUGCAUUGGUUUGAGAGUGUCUAGGCAUUAGCAUGCACAGAAGGCAGUGCUAAUUAUAAAGUUCAAGACAUGGUGAAGGAGUUGUCCAGAAUUUGCCACCAUAUUACUGAACAGGAUCUCUGAUAUUAAUGGCAUCAAAGGAUGCUGUGGGAUUAUUAUUUUGGUCUCUAGCAUAACAUUUAGCUUCUAAAUAAGACUUCACACCGUAAUUCUCAAGAAAAAGAUGUUUCAAAGUUGAUACAUUAUCAUUGCUGACUUCUGCAAUACCACGCUUACCUUCCUACAAAAAAGCAGUAAUGACUGCUUUUAAGUAAAACAGAUAUAUGCAUAUGAUCCUGUUAUUCUGGCUGCUUCAUGGCAGUAAAGAUGUCAUGAUUUUUAAUUUUUUUUAAGCAAAUAGUAAGGAUUUUGUAUAUUCUAGGAUCAUAUCAGAUGGAUUAGGUAUUCCUGAAUUCCAUCACAUGUAGUGAUGCAAUUGUCCUGAAAACUUAAAGGCAGAAAGGCACAGAGGGAAUUGUUUGUUCCUAAAUCUAAUCUGUUGGAUUUGAUGAACAGUAAGGGACUGUAACACUAUAUCUAUGUAGCAUCAGACUCCUGCUACUUAAAAACAGGAGGCAGGGGUAGCUGUUGCUCCAGACUGUUUCCUGCUAGACACGUUGCACACUGCAGUGUGAAGCACAUGCUGCAUACCUCACGUCUUGCAGUGGAACACAGCACUACUCAGGUAUGUAAUGUAUCCUAGGUACUGGCUAAUGUUCUGCUAUAAUAGCUGAACUUGGGUGGGUUGCACUUACAUUCCAAGACCAAAGAUAGCAGAUAGACCAAGCCAAAGAAAUCAGAAUCAAUUCAAUAUCUAAUAAAAGAUCAGCCCUCAGCAGCAAUUGUUGAAAUGUCUGUCUUGAAUGAAUUUAUUUGAACCUGUGUUUCUCUCAGGAGCUUUUGUUAUCUGAAUAUAAUUGUUUGGUUUGUGCCAAAUUGAUUUUCAUUAUUUUUAAUGAAUUUGCCAUAGGAUAGAGCUUAGUAUAGGAUUAGGUUUACCCUCAGACUGUGAGUACUAAAUAGUGAAAACCAGUGAUACCUAAAAGAGGCAGCUAAAGGUUUCAUGGGCAGCAACUACCACCAGUCUCUGCAGUAACUUGUGACCAACUCGCCUUCUGUGACUGCUCUGCAUGAGCUUGUGUUUUUAUAGGUUUUAUAUGCUGUGCCUUGUACCUCAACAAGUCUUUUAAUCUUAGAUGGAUAAAUAUGAGGGAGAUCAGAAUCAGGAUUGACUUUAUAUACCUUUAUAAAACUGAAUAAAUUAGACAUAGAGACAUAAAUAUUUUAGCUUAGAUUAAGAUAGGUGGAUUUGUUUGUUUGUUUAUUUUCUCUUCCCCAGUAUAUAGCUACUAUUACUGCACAGCCUCUCAAUACCCGCUGAAUGUUUUCUGAAUAAAGAGCGCAAAUAGACCAUGGGAGAAAUAAAAGGCAUUUGGCAGUGGCAGAAGGUGUAAAGAUUAGCCAAAGAGGAAAAACCUGCAGAUACUUUUUGUUUUCUGGCAUAGGGAGAAGAAUGCAGCUGAAAAGACCUCACGUUGGUUCUUUAUGAAUGAGGAUGUCUGGAAAAUGUGCAUGGAGAAUGCAGGGGCGUAUGCGUGUUUUCAUACUCUUUUUUAGUCUUAGUGUUGAAUCUGAUAUGUUUCCUUGUCAUGUGAAUAGCUGCAGAACAUGAAUGUUUACAAAUGCUCAAAGGUUAUAAGGUUUGUUUGCCUCAAGAGAGAGUGAUAAGACUACUGCUUCAUGUCAGAAACAAAAGUUUUACAUGUUUUUUACAUAUUGAAAACAGUGGAGUUAAUCCAGUGCAUUCAUAUUUAUAAGGAUUUUAUCAAAAUAAAAAAUUUAUUGUA